AUGUUUGACCGAAGGCUUGCACUGGAAACCUAUGGGGAUGGUCACUCACUGCGGAUCGCCGUUCCCUCCCGUGAAAAUCCGUUUUUUCUAUGGAGGACCAUCCGGUAUUACAUUUCAACUCUUACCUUCAAGAAAAUUUUCCUCCCCAAAGGCUAUCCGAAUAGUGUGAGUCCAGAUUAUUUGGAAUAUCAAAUAUGGGACACUGUGCAGGCUCUGGCUAGCAGUGUUACGGGCGCCCUAGCAGCGCAAUCCGUCCUCAUCGGCGUUGGUGUAGGUGAUGUUAAGGCAACCAUCCUUGGAGCCAGCCUGUCCUGGAUGUUGAAGGAUGGAUCGGGUAUGAUCGGCAAAAUAGUUUUUGUCGGUUGGCAAGGACUGUUGGCAGAUAUCAUCAACGAUUGUGCGCUCUUUCUUGAGUUAGCGUCUUCGUUUUUCCCGUCAGUAUUUACGUUUAUCAUCUGCGUGGCCAACCUAUGUAAGUCAGUUGUAAGUGUUGCGGGAGGAGCAACUCGUGCGGCCGUCACUCUUCAUCAGGCCUUGGAUAACAACGUAGCUGACGUCGCGGCAAAGGAUGGUAGUCAGGAAACGUUGUCAAAUCUGCUGGCUUUGUUCUUCAAUCUCUCGGUGGUGUAUUUUGUAACUGGUAAUUGGAGUGUUAUUUGGACUGGAUUUAUCAUCCUGACCUUUAUUCAUGUGUACGCCAACUAUCGGGCUGUUCAAUGUCUUAGGUUAUCCACCUUCAAUCGCAACCGUUUCCAUAUCGCAGUCCAACAAUGGCUGAGACAACGACUGUUUCACGGCCCAAGCGUUUCAGAGUCCACGGCAAUCCCGUUCCCAUCCAUCGAAUGGGUAAAUUCACGAGAACCCAUCUUGUUUCCUGCUAGCAACGCGCGUAUUCAUCUUGGUUGUUCCCUGCAAACACUUCCCAAUAAAGAGCAGUACAACUUGAAGGAUUUGAUCAAUGUGUUUUCUCAAGAGAAAUAUUUGCUCUACUGCCCCAACUGGCGGGCAACAUCACAUUCACCAAACUCUUCACCGUUAACGAUUCACAUCGUUCUGGUCCAUGGUUGUCAGCUCAUGGAUCAACUGAUGUCCAUGUUGCAUGCUGAGUUGUUGGUGUUCUUGAAUAAACUUCCCCUUAAUUUUUACCCGACUGAAGAAGUCAAGAAAAUUAGACAAUCAAAAACAGUAACGGAAUUUUCCCAAAUGACCUUGGAAUGGACAAAGCUGUUGUCGGGAAAAUUAAUACAGGACAUAUCUACCUCUCCAGCUCCACGGUGGAAUUUGGAUUCCCUACAUUUUUCUGCUGACGAGUGGCGUUGCACAUGGACUGUUACUUGACGUUCAGUUUUACCUUGAUUUCACGCUGUUACUUCCUCACAUAGGUGCCUGAACAACAUUAAU